CGAGCUCGCUCCUCUGCAUGCUGCGAACGCUGGAGUGGUUGGACGCAGCGCCAGCGGGUGUGGGUGACAUCACGCGCGCCCUCUGCCUGCCUCUCCGUCUGCGGCGAACGCAACAAUCCCUUCCGAGUGCCGACUGCCGAGUCUCGAGCGCCCCGGCCGCGAAGUGGAAGAGGCUGGCCGGUGGCCGCGCUCUGGGCCCAUAUCGCCAGUGAGACACGGGCCAGGUGAGCGGCCUCCCAUUUGCGUGGCCUGCCUGCCUGCCUGGCUAUGAAGGCAGCGGAGCGAAACGAAAAGACGGAGGGAGCAGACAAAACCCCACCUCCACUUCUCCGUCAGACCAUCACAUCUCUGCGAGACUGCGACCCUCCCCUGCCUGCUUCUUCUUCUUCUCCACCGCAAGAGCCGAGCCGGGCCUAGAGGGAGGACAGCGAUCCAUCUAACGUCUGCUUGCCGGUCUGCAAUGGACUGCAGCUCUGACGAGUCGUCAGAGCUAAGCGAGACAGAUAUCGACGACUACGCCGACAAGUCGUACUCGGACCUCAAGUCCGGCAAGUUCGUGGCGAGGCUGGGCAGCGACAGGUUCAGGUGCCCGUUCUGUCCGGGGAAGAAGAAGCAGGACUACCGCUACAGCGAGCUGCUCCAGCACGCCGUCGGGGUGGGCGCAUCCAACCGUGCCGCGAAGGUGAAGGCGAACCACCAGGCCCUGGCGAAACUUCUCAAGGAGGACCACGCCGACGCGGCGGCCACACUGCCAGCAUGGCAGGCCAUCGCGCUAAGCAACGCGCCGAAGCCGGCGCAGGACCAGGAAGCGUUCGUUUGGCCCUGGACGGGCGUCCUCGCGAACGUCCCGGCCGGACAAGCCCAGGAGGGUGGAGCUACACUGAUGGAGCAGCUAGCUGAGUUCAAACCCGUGCAGAUCACUGCCGUGUGCGGUGCCGAUGGGUAUGCCGGCUACGUCGUUGUUCUGUUCACCAAGGAUUGGAUCGGGUUCAAGAACGCCUUGGCAUUCCAGAACUGUUUCAAGUCACGGCGCUUGGGUAAACAGGACUGGAAGGAGACGAAGGGACACGUAGAGCAAGUGUUUGGAUGGCUAGCAAAGGAAGAGGAUUACAGAUCGGAUGACCCAGUCGGUAGGUUCUUGUCAGCGAAUGGUGACCUGAAGACGGUGUCUGAACUGGAGCAGGAGAUGUCCAGCAAGACUGACAACCUCAUAGAUAGUCUGGCUCGACAGAUCACCGCUAAAAGCAAGUACCUGCAGGAACUGGAGUGCAAGUGUAACCAAAUGAAUCUCUCCCUUCAGAAAGCCAUGGAAGAGAGCGAUUUGCUGCACAAACGUUAUAAUGAAGAAAUGAGGAAUAUGCAGUCUGCUGUCCGUGAGCAUACACGGAGGGUUUUUCAGGAGACUGAAGAACUCAGAAAUCAGCUGGUUGAGAAAGAGAGCAACAUCCAGAGGAGGUCCAGGGAACUAAAUGAACUAGUCGCUCAAACUGACAUGGAAAGAAGAAAACUGGAGGAAGAGAGGAAAAAGAAUGCUGACCAAAAUGAUUCCCUCAACAUGGCUAGAAUUGAGCAACAGAGAGCUGACGAACGGGCGCUACAGCUUCUUGAGAAACAUAAGAAAGAGAAGGAGGACGCUCUCAACAGAAUCCUGCAGCUAGAGAGGCAGGUGGACGAGAAGCAGAAGCUGGAGCUGGAUAUCGAGCAGCUUAAAGGCAAACUGGAGGUGGUGAAACACAUGGCGGGAGAAGGCGUGGAUGUGAAGAAACGUUCUGAGGAGCUGACAGCAGAACUGAACGAAAGGAUCGAAGAGAUGGAAGACCUGGAAGCUCUCAACCAAACUCUUGUUGUUAAACAUAGGAUGACCAACGAUGAGAUUCAAGAUGCCAAGAAAGAGUUGAUCACGGGUUUGACAGAUAUGUUAGGUCCUCGUAGCAACAUUGGGAUCAAGAGGAUGGGUGAGCUGGACGAGAAGCCCUUCGUUCUGUCCUGCAAGCAGAGGUACGGACAAGACGCCGAAAUGAAAGCCGCUGAACUCGUCUCCCUGUGGCAAGAGCAUCUGAAGGACCCUAAUUGGCAUCCUUUCAAGAUAGUGACCACAGGCUCAACUAAAGAGCAAAUCAUCGAUGACAAGGAUGAGAAGCUGGCGGGCUUGAAGAAGCAGCUCGGCGAGAAGGUCUACGAGGCCGUGGCUACCGCGCUGCUAGAGAUCAACGAGUACAACGCUAGCGGCAGCUACGUGGUGUCCGAGCUCUGGAACAACAGGGAGAACCGCAAGGCCAGCGUAACGGAAGCCAUACAGCACGUCCUGAAGCAAUGGAAGGCGCAGAGGCGUCGAAGAUGAGAGACCCUGCGCCUCACUGGAUCAAGUCAAGUUUGGGUGCCAGCUGACUAUCAGUGUCAUCAUCAGCAAGUCCAGACACCUAUUGAAGAUGAUCUAUCCGCGGCUGUGUUUUUCCUUGGCGGGCGCGUGCUUCGUUGGUUUCAUUUAGCACUUCCUCUCUUCUUUUUUUGGGUCGGAAAUGAAAUAGGAUAUCGCCAGCAGUCGGUAGUACUGGUUUUAAAGUACUUACAUUCCCCACAAGAACUGCGAAAAUGAGACUGGUGAUGCGCCAUUUGGCCCCCCGCAACAGAUUUUUGUAGAC